UCCCUAAUCCUUUUUAUCUUCGAAGAUCACACAUGGACUCUAGCUUAAAUUAAGCUAUGGAGCCGGCCCUUUUCGCGAAUCGCGACUCGUUGUCUAGAACAAUCCAUUGACCGAAUUAGGCAAGGCUCAAGAUCGGAUUCAGAUCGAUCGAAUUCGAUGGCGAGGUCGUCGAGUGCUACUCCAAUCCGAAGGUUCAUCCGCUUGCUCAUCGACGACUGUGACGGCGGCUACACGCUGCGCAAGAUCGACACGGCGCCGUUCUUCGCGGCGGGCGUGUGCCCCCAGAUGUCGGCGGCGUCGCCGGAGGCGAUGGACCCCGCUCCACUGCCGUUCCCGGUGGCGCGCUUCGAGUGCGCGCCCGGUCACAAAGACAGCACCCAGUUCUUCCCCCUCUGCCGCAGCGGCGACAAAAUCGUGGGCGUCAACCAGCACCGCCACACCAUCAUCUGCGACACCCGCACAACGGCCGUGCGCGCCGGGUCCGACAUGCGCAACGACAAGAGAUCCGAGAUCGCCUGGGCUGAGGCCGGCAGCAGGCUCUACCUCCUCGGAUGCUCCCACGCCUUCGACCCGCCGAGCUUCGAUUUCGAGGCCCUGAGCUACGACCGCCGCCGCGAUGACUGGAUCUGGAGCACCCUCCCCUUGCCGCCGUUCGAAGCCCAGACCGGCCGGAUAGUCUCGUUCGCCGAUGCCGCGGACGGGGCCUCGAGCGGCGAGAUUAUCAGGGUGUCCACGCGGUGCAACGGCACGUACGCCUUCGACACGGCGCGCGGCUCGUGGCGCAGGGAAGGCGACUGGGCGUUGCCCUUCAACGGCCACGCGCAGUACGUCGCCGACUACGGUCUGUGGUUCGGGUUCUCAGACCAAGGAGCGUUCGAUCUGUGCGCGGCCGACCUCACCUGCGCCACCGCCGGCACCAGGCUGCCGUACCGGCACGUCUGGGCGGACGUCGACGGCCUCGGGAAUCACGUCAGCGAGUGGCUUCGGGGUCCUGGCUACCUCUCCUAUCUGGGCUGUGGAAGGUUCUGCGUGACCAGGUUCUUAACGACCUAUAGGUCCUUCGGCAAAAUCACCCGCCACAUCGCCGUCGUUACGGCGGUCGAGGCGACGCUCGCCGCUGGGGGCGAGGAGAUGCGCUUGGUCAGGAGGGCGUCCAGGUGCUACCACUUCAGCGUGCCCGCUUCACGCGGCUGGGUAUUUUGAUGCGUUUUGACUUGCUUUGAGUUGGGGGGGGGGGGGCAAAAAACUGUUACAUUACCUGCUCUGCUGGGCUGCUAGUUUU